AUGCAAAAACCUUCUAUUCCGCCCUACAAAUCGUCACCUGAAAUACAAGAAAGAAUACAACAGUUGCAACAACAAGCCCAACAAGAGAGUGGACAACGUCGUCGUACAGCAGUGCUGCCAAAACGCACUUGGAUUCAACGUAAUCCACGUCUUUUUCAAAUAACCUUUAUCACCACCUCAUUGUUGGUACUUUUUUCAAAGCCUUUGUACGACGCCUUCAUUGCCGUUCCCGUACCGCCACCAAAAGGCGGAGCACCACCAGGCCAUAGACGUUAAGUAAGCAACUAAAGUGCAAUAAAACUCAAACGAUAUAAACGAGUAAAGUCAACAGUUAAUGUAAUAAUUAAAGUAAUGGAAUCAGUGCGCAAAGCUAAGCAGAGACUACGCAAUUAUCCCGUGCUACUGGGCAAAUGUGCUGAUAAGGCAGCUGUUUACGCGGCAUGUGUGACACGAGAUUUAAAUGUGCAGCAUCAUAUUUGCGAUAAGGAAUUCAAGCAGUUCAGUGAAUGUUUACAGAAAGCAGCAAAAGAAAUGAAAACUAAAUUGUAAAACGUACUUGUAAAUGCUGGAUUGUUAUAAAUGGAAAUUUUUCAUACAAACUGUU